UGAAUGGGAGAUAUAUACAAGCCAUGGAAGAUUGAUAUCUCGUACUGGGCAUGCACCGAUUGACGGCAGAGGAAAGCACUUCCACUUCCACUUCCACUUCUUCCCUUGCAUUCUUUUAGUUCUGCCUUCAUAAACAUAACCCUGCAACCUUUGGCAAUCUUUAAAAGUGCGAGCUUUGGUAUUGAAAGUCAGAUGGCCAUCAUGUCUGCUGAUUGUUAGCCGAGAGUCACCAAAGAACCACUUCUCCCUGCUCAUAGCUGUUAGUUCGUGGCUGUUAAUGAUAGUAGAUCACCAAGUUCAACCAUAUUAUGUUCCAGUACAACAUCCAGGAUCGCCAUUACAGGUGAAAGAGUACAGAGGAGCCUAGCAACACAAAACAGAGGAGAAAAGGGAGGCCAAUAUGGCAGAAGCUGUAGUUUCCGCUAUUGCAGGUAGGCUUGGGGACCUGCUCAUUCAGCAAGCGAUUUUCUUGGUUGGUGUGAAGGACCAAGUGGAGGAUCUACGAGAUGAGUUGAUGUGGAUACAGAGCUUCUUGGAAGAUGCUGAUUCAAGGCAAGAUGAAGGCUCCCUAGUGAGCACCUGGGUAUCAAAAAUUAGGCAUGCAGCUUAUGACAUUGAGGACAUCAUCGACACCUACAUCCUCAUGGUUGCAGAUGAAGAUGAGAAGUUUACUCCAAGAAGGACACGCUUCCUAGGUUCCCUUAAGAGGUAUGCCUGCAUUUGCCAAAAAGGGGCAAACCUUUAUACUAUAGGGAAGGAGGUUGAAGUGGUCAAAAAUCGAAUACAAAAGAUCGGGGAUGAAAUGACAAGGUACGGGAUUAAUAGGAAAGAUGGUGGCUCACGAGGAGAUAGGAGGAGCCUUUCUCCACAAGAUAGAUUUCAACAACUGAGAAGAUCCUCUCCUCAAGACGAUGCUACUCUCAAAGACAUUUUUGGGUUGGACAAAAACAUAGAGAAAUUGGUAGCAGAACUAGUGCGCAAGGAAGAUCGAUGCCACCCAAUUUGCAUAGCAGGAAUGGGUGGCAUUGGUAAGACAACUCUUGCCAUGAAGGUUUACAACCAUGAAGAAGUUAAGCACCAUUUUGAGUGUCGAGCUUGGGCUUAUGUAUCAAAAGACUUUAGUGUCAAAGACAUCUUUAAGAGACUAAUAAAAGAACUCAAGCCCAAUCUCAGUACUGAGGAACUGCUGGAGAUGGGAUUGUUUAGUGAAGUAUAUUUGGAAGAGAAGCUUCGUGAGUUAUUGAAAGAUUGUACAUACUUGGUCGUACUUGAUGACCUAUGGGACUUGGAAGCUUGGGAGAGUCUAAACAGAGCAUUUCCGCAGCAGAGUAAGAAUAAAGGAAGAGUAAUUCUUACCAGUCGCAACACAAAAGUUGCUAAAGAGAGCAUCACUCACCAGCUGGGAACUCUAAAUGAAAUGGAUAGCUGGAAGCUUUUUGUUGUUAAAGCGUUUGGCAAUGAUGAUUGCCCCCCAAAUUUAGAGGAAUCGGGGAAAGAGAUGGUGAAGAAGUGUGAUGGUUUACCACUAGCUAUCGUUGUGUUGGCUGGUCUAUUAGGAGAAAAGUCGCCACAAGAGUGGUUUAUAGUGAGAGACCGCAUCAACCAACAACCAAUAAUGAAAGAAGGCCGAGGGAAAAAUAACCUUGAAAAGAUAUUGUCUUUGAGUUACAAUGAUUUACCCUAUCAAUUGAAGGCAUGCUAUCUCUAUAUAAGCUUAUUCCCAGAAGAUUAUGAGAUCAUUGCUGAGGAAUUGAUUUGGUUGUGGGUUGCAGAGGGUUUCAUAAGAUGUCAAAGAGAUGUAACAAUAUUGGAAGAUGUGGGUAGGGAAUACUUGAAUGAACUGAUUGACAGAAACAUGCUUCAAGUGGCAUAUAAGGAUGACUUGGGGAAAGUUUGCUCUUGUCGAAUCCAUGACCUUCUAAGAGAGUUCUGCAUUUCAGAAGGUGGAGAGAACUUUUUAGAUCAUUAUUCUCAUGCCUCCUGCUCGUCAUUGUCUUCAACUACAGCUUCAAGCGUACGUAACUCACGAAGAUAUGCUAUACAUUCAGGGAUUGGAAGGUAUGAUUUCUCCAACCUUUCUAACUCACAUUUACGUACGCUACUGUUGUUCAACCUCAAUCGAGAAUCUCUUCAACAACAACAGUUGGAAUCCAUUUCAAAUAUUAGAUUGUUGAGGGUGCUUGAUCUAUCAAAUGUUGACCUUCAAGGUAUGAUGUUGCCCGAUGCCCUUGGAAAGUUGAUUCACUUGAGAUACUUACGAUUGUCUAACACAAAAGCAAAGGUACCAUCAUCCAUAGAGUGCUUGCAAAGCCUACAAAACUUAGACUUAUGGGGGAGUAAUUGUCAUUGGUCUGACAUAGCUAUUGGUGCUUUAUCCAAGAUGACACAAUUAAGGCACUUACUUUUAGAUUACAAAUAUUGGGAUGGUUUGGACAAAGAGGUUGUUGCUUUGCCACAAAUUGACUCUCUAACAAACCUCCAGACUCUAAGGUGGGUGGAUGCCCUUGUUUGGAAACAAAAUGAUAUGACCAAUUUGAUCAACCUCCGAGAUCUUAUGAUAAUAAAUAUAAAGACAUCAGAUGUGGAGUUGGUGUUGUCAUCAAUUACUAAGUUGGACAGAAUUCAAUCAUUGGAUCUGAAAUUAUCAGCCUAUCAAUCUACAGAGUAUGCAUUCCCAACGCUGGUACCUCUUUCUCGUUGUCAUCACCUUCAAGCUCUGACCUUGAGGGGAAAGAUGGAAAGGCUACUAGAAGAUCCAUACCAUGAAUUCCCACCCAGAUUGACCGAAUUAAACUUGGUGUAUUCAAGGCUUGGGCCAAACGCAAUGGCCACGUUGGAAAAAUUACCCAACUUGAUGUCCCUUUAUUUACACAGAAGUUCAUACAUGGGGAAGAAAAUAGUUUGUUCUGUACAAGGGUUUCCCCAACUCCGUACGUUACGCACCCACCACUUAGAAACAGAGGAGUGGGAAAUCAAAGAAGGAGCAUUACCAAAGCUUAACCGUCUAUGUAUUGAAAAUUGCUACAAUUUGAAGAAGAUACCCAUGGGAUUGAGGUUUGUUGCCUCUCUCCAGGUGUUGGAGUUUUACGAUAUGUCUGAGGAAUUUUUUGACAGAUUCAAUAGAGGAGAGGAUGCUCAUGAAAUUGGACACAUCCCCUCCAUAAAUGCCAGACGGUGAUGGUAAUUGAACAGAUCAUCUUCAAAUUUUUGUCCCUAGUGGGGUGGAGUCAUUGUGGAGAAGAACAGUUACAUUAGUCUGGACAGAUUUCAGCGGAGGAAUAUAAACAUAAGGAGGUUGUCUUGUUAGCUGUGAACCACAGCCAUGCAGAGAACACACAUCCUUUGUACCAGAGAAGCGGCAAGCACAGUUAGUUGAUCAAAAUUCAAAGCAUUGAUUCCACAAUUAGUGAAGGACGCACCCAGAGCUCACAGCUACAUACCAGUUGUACAUAUCAAUCCCAUUUUCCUUCAAACCGAGCAUGGAGAACCCCCUCUUACAGAUUGAAAUAUUUUAUGCUUAAUAUCUUGGGAUUUCAUGACCACCAGAUCUGUUGCAUUCUUAUGAAUGAACAAAAAAAGUACAGUAAUUACUUGGGUUAUCCAUUCUGGUCUAUUUUUUGGAACCGAAUGAAGAUUUCAGACCAUCAUUGUGGUCCUUAACAUCUUUCUUAA